AUGUCUCUACGGAUCAGAACCGCCACCGCGGAUGACAUCCCCGCCAUCGGUCGCAUCUCCGCCGCCGCCUUUGAUCCGUCCACCGACUCAAUCACCCGCCGAUUGUUUCCCCGAAACGCCGGCGAUGCCCAAAUUGCGCCGUGGCGUGAAGCCCGCAAGGGAGCUUCCCUGAAAUCCGAACGCACCGUCAUGAUGGUCGUUGUAGAUGAGCAGCUCAACGAUGAGGUCGUGGGCUUCUCGUUCUGGGAAGCUCCGGUCAACAACGGACGGGGAGAGCCCGUUCAUCUGCACCCCAAAGAGCCCGAGCCUCCAGCCGGGCUGGAUCUGACCGCAUACCAGGAGAUGCGCUCAAUUGUUGGGGGCGAUGCCGUCGAUACCUUUGGAAAAGAUGGCACGGCACAUAUUUGGCGCAUAUCUUGA